AUGACGACUCUCACCGUCUAUUUUGCAUUAUCAUCACCAUCAGCUUUAUCAUCAUUGUUACCAGAACCAUCACCUCCACCACCACCAACACCAUCAACGCCAACAAUUCCAUCAUUUCAAAUGAUUUCAAAUCCAACCAAAAUAAAACCAAUUCCAUCAAUAAAUAUGACAGUACCACACACAUCAUCAGUUCAAACACCUCAAUCAAGACAAACCUCAUUAAAAAGAAAUAAAACAUUUUUCGAAAGAUUUAAUCACACAUCGCCAUUAGCAAUCUCACAACUACAAGAACAAGAACAGCAACAAAAUAAUUUACCGAGUGAACCACGUACUCGUCUACGUCGACGAUUAACAUUUCGUCGUAGUCUACGGCAAACCACACCGAACAAAGAGGGAGAUAUUGAUGAUGGAAUAAGCUUUGAUGUGGAUGGUUCAUCAUCAUCAUCACCACGUGGUAUUCUUAAUUCUCAUAAUAAUAUAUCAUCAACAUCAUCACAUCAUCAACAACAUGGUACAACAAAUACAAUUAAUAAAACAACAACAUCAACAAGUGGUAGUGGAAUGCAUAGACGCGAAUCAUUUUUAUAUAAGUGUGAUAGUGAUAAUGAUCUUUCACCAAAAUGUAUUUCGCGUAAUCCGUCCAUCGGAUCAGAAUUGCAUCAAGAUGACAUGAUCGUCACUCCGUUUGCUCAGCUUCUUGCCAGUCUUAAAAAUGUGCGGAAAAAUUUUGUUGAUCUUACUCAUAUACCACCGGAGAGAGCGAAGAGAACAAGUCAACUGGGUAAUGCUCAAUCAGGUCCGCCUAAUUCUAAUAAAAUGAUAACUACAAUAUCAGAUGAUAGUUCACUAUCACAAGCAAUAGCGACAUUAGAAGAACUUGAUUGGUGUUUAGAACAAUUAGAAACGAUGCAGACACAUAAAUCUGUUUCUGACUUAGCCUCGCUCAAAUUUAAGCGUAUGCUCAAUAAAGAACUAUCUCAUUUUGCUGAAAAUAAUAAAUCCGGAGCACAAAUUAGUGAUUAUUUAUAUUCAACUUAUACAGACAAAAAAGAACCCGAUGUUGAUUUAUCUCGUGGCCCUCAAAUGGACGAAUCUACUAUAGUUAUAACAACAAAAACACUUGAUAAUAUGCCCAUGUCAUCAUCAACUAUAAUGGGUCAAAUAGCUGGUAUACAUACAACAGCAUUUAUAAUACCAAAUCCAAUACCAGAAUUAGGUGUUGAUACACCUUAUGUUGAUGAAUUACGUUCUGUACUUAGUCAUAUUAAUGAUUGGGGUUUAGAUACAUUUCGUAUAGAAGAGUUAAGUGGUCAACGACCAUUAACAGUUAUAACAUAUAAAAUAUUUCAAGAACGUUCACUUCUAAAAACAUAUGCUAUUGAACCUCAUACAUUAAUCUCUUAUUUGCUCACACUUGAAGAUCAUUAUCAAUCAGUGCCAUAUCAUAAUAAAGCCCAUGGAGCUGAUGUCUGUCAAUCCAUGCAUGUAUUGCUCAAUGCUUCUGCCCUCGAAGGUGUAUUUACUGAACUGGAAAUUAUGUCAGCAAUAUUUGCAUCUGCUGUACAUGAUGUUGAUCAUCCCGGUGUAACAAAUCAAUUUCUAAUUAAUACAAGAAGUGACUUAGCUUUAAUGUAUAAUGAUGAAAGUGUCCUAGAAAAUCAUCAUUUAGCUGUUGCAUUUAAAUUAUUACAAGCUAAAGAAAGAAAUAUAUUUUCACAUUUAACAGCUAAACAAUUAAAAAAUCUACGUAAAAUGGUUAUUGAUAUGGUUUUAGCCACCGAUAUGUCGAAACAUAUGCAAUUACUAGCGGACUUAAAAACAAUGGUUGAAUCAAAAAAAGUUACAGGAAAUAAUAUAAUUAUGCUUGAAUCAUAUGAUGAUAGAAUUCAGGUGCUUCAAAAUAUGAUUCACUGUGCUGAUUUAUCAAAUCCAACAAAACCAUUAGAUAUCUAUAUAAAAUGGACUGAUCGUAUCAUGGAAGAAUUUUGGAGACAAGGAGAUAAAGAACUUGAACUAAGAUUAGAAAUUUCACCCAUGUGUGAUAGACGUGUAGCUAGUGUUGAAAAACAUCAAGUUGGAUUUAUUGAAUUUAUUGUACAUCCAUUAUGGGAAACAUGGGCGGAUUUAGUUUAUCCGGAUGCAAGUGCUAUUUUAGAAACAUUAGAACAAAAUCGAGAUUGGUAUCAAGCUCGUCUUUCACCCACAUCAUCAUCAGCUACAAAUAUAUCGAAUACGUCUCCUCCAUCUUCUUCUAAUCCUACGAUAAUGACGACAACAAUAUCAUCAAAUGAAUUGGACUCAUUACAACCGGUAUCAUCAUCUUUAACUACAACAUCAUCUGAUGUACUUACAUCAGUAGUGACAGUAAAUGCGAUUUCAGCCGGUGAUCAACUCAUUCCCGCAUCUGCUACUGUUUUAUCUUCUUCUUCUUCUUCUUCGUCUACGUCUCGAACAGCAACAUCGACAUCUGCCAAUGGUGGUAGUGCUAGUGAAUUCCAACUGACGGUGACACCAGCCACAUCCUGA